AUGUCAACCAUCCCCGUCCCGGUGUUCUCGUCUUUUUACCACCAGGGCCUCGUUGAAAUGGGGGCGACUGCGCUGAUUACUUACGACUAUCUUAUCACUAUCGACCAGGAAGUCGCUCUGUUCUGGAGGCGUAAUAUGAGUGGUGCGACGGCACUGUACCUUGGAACACGUUACAUCGGUGUCCUGGCCUACUCUAUCCUCGGCACAGCAACGUACACUCCGAUGACUGAAAAGAGGUACGGAAACGUUUAUGGGUCACUACGACGUCGAACCAAGUUAUCGACAAAAUUCUGCAGCUGCAUGGGUAUUGCCAUUGCUCAACCUGCGUUCAGCGGCAUGCAAUACGUCUUCUUCGCAGCAUUCUCCAGUAUGCGCACGCUCGCAUUGAGCAAGAUGAACUACAUGCUGGCGAUCGUUGUUUUCGUCUUCGCGCUCGGCCCGUUUGCGGUCAACGUGCACACAAUGUCGCUCAGUCUCGUGGGGGAAAUUUUUCCGCCGUUUGGAUGCGCUGGUAGUGUCAACAUAACCCGCACGGAAGCUAUCAUGGGUCUGUGUCGCCGUGUCGCGUUCAUGCGCAAUCGUCGCAGACACCAUCGCCAUCAUGCGAGCGCUCUGCUCAUCAAUGGCACGAUCUACUUCCUCACACUCCUAACCCUCAACAUCCUCCAUCUCCUUUUCACUCUUCUCUCGGUCGCAGACGGCUUCGAACCCAUUAGCCUCGUGACCGUGUUCACGGACCCCCUGACCAACAUAUUAACCUGCCGCUUCCUGCUCGCCCUCCAGGCGGCGAACCAGCAAGCGCUGGGGCAGGGCUCCGCGACGGAGGACGCGCACCAUGGAGGCAGCGACACCCUCCGGUUCGCUUCGAGGAUGAUAGGAUCUAUCGCCACGGUGUCUGUCCCGGCGCGACACGGCGCGAGUACGCUGGACGGCGAGGAGAGCGAGGAAGGUGUACCCGACGCCGACGACGGACAGGGCAGCGGUGAGCUGUCGGGCGGAGCAUGCGAGGAUGUGCUGGUCAUCUCAUCCCAGGCGGGCGAUGUGGUGGAAUGCUGA